AUGGACAUUGUCGAAGAGUUCAAUAGCGAUCCACUUCCGAAUCGGACGGAUACACGAAGUGCCAACGAAAUGUGCGGCAACCAUUCAGUUCUUUUUUGCAUACCACCACUGAAGAAUUUCGAAGCGGAGUUUCGGAUAGCGCCGAGGUACAAAAUUUCAACGUGUGUGGUUCAAAAGAGCAUGUCAACCGUGAUGACCGCAAUUUUUUGCUUGUUGUUCGAUGAAGAUGGCUUCCGACAAAGCGGACGAGAACUGCUCAAGGAGACCAAGCGUAAGAGUAACGAAGAUGGCUGGAUGCAUACAAUGGUCACUCGCGAUCCUGUAGAUCGCUUUUUAUCAGGAUUUGUUGACAAAUGUGUUAGGGCACAUAUGCCUGGAGAGUACUGUAAUGGCUGCAAAGCGAAUAUGACGUGUUUUAUAAUUAAAGAAUACGAACGUAUGAUUGCAGAGGUGAACAAAGAUCGCUUCACUCGGACGUACGAAGAUAGACAUUUUUUUCCACAGAAUUGGCGCUGCGAGUUGUUCAAAAAUCCCCAUCGCGUCUUUAUCCGUUAUUCCUCAAAUGCUACAGACACUCUGCUAGAUGAUCUCUUCAAAAUUUUCUCACAACAGAAGGUUGAGAACUCAACUCUUGACUUCAUACGCAAUGAACUCACCUCAGGUCGAACUCCACAUAGCACAAUCCAGUCUUAUGCAAGAAAUUUCCUUGAGGAAAGGUUACGUAGCAAUGGCUUUCUCAUGGAAUAUAUUGUACGGAUGUUUUACCACGAUUUUAAGAUACUUCAUUAUGAAUUACCAAAUGGAUUUAAAUAA